AUGCUAUUCUUUGUGUACCUGUGUUUCUUGUGCGCAUUUGGAGCAACUUGUUCAGGCAGUUCCACAACACCUCAGCCAGUGACGACAGAGGACACCGAGCAAUGUUCCACAUGCGAGUUCAGGCACCAAAGCAAGCUGAUGAGACUACACACCAUCAAGUCCCAAAUUCUUAGUAUCCUCCGACUUGAACAGGCUCCAAACAUAAGCCGGGACAUGAUCAGACAGCUCUUGCCGAAAGCGCCGCCCUUGCAGGAGCUACUCAGUCAGUAUGAUCUCCAGCUGGAUGACAGGAAAGUUGGUACGGCCGAUGAUGGGGAGCACGCCACCACUGAAACCAUCAUUACCAUGGCCACCGAGCCUCAAUCCAGCGUUCAAAAAAACGGAAUGCCAAGAUGUUGCUUAUUUUCUCUAAGCCCGAAGAUAUUACCCAACAACAUAUUAAAAGCGCAGCUGUGGAUUCACCUCCGGCCGACCGAGGAAGCCACUACUGUCUUCUUGCAAAUUUCUCGUCUAAAACCACUGUCAGAAGGCAACACGAGGGCUAUUAUUAGGUCCCUGAAAAUCGAGGUAGAUGCAGAGGCCAGCUCUUGGCAAAGUAUCGACAUGAACCAGCUCCUCCAGUCUUGGCUGAAACAACCCGAGACCAAUCUUGGUAUCGAAAUAAAGGCGUUUGAUUCCAAAGGAGUGGACCUGGCCGUUACCUCUGCUGAAUCUGGCUCGGAGGGACUGAAACCCUUUAUGGAAGUGAAAAUAGCUGAGACGCCCAAACGGUUGAAGAGGGACACAGGGUUGGAUUGUGACGAGAACUCCCCUGAAUCUCGCUGCUGCCGCUACCCUCUCACCGUGGACUUUGAGGACUUCGGCUGGGACUGGAUUAUUGCGCCUAAACGCUACAAGGCUAACUACUGCUCGGGAGAAUGCGAGUACAUGCACCUGCAGAAGUACCCACAUACUCACCUAGUAAACAAGGCAAAUCCGCGGGGUACCGCCGGACCCUGCUGCACUCCCACCAAAAUGUCUCCUAUCAAUAUGCUCUAUUUCAACCGCAAAGAACAGAUCAUCUACGGAAAGAUCCCCUCAAUGGUGGUGGACAUAUGUGGCUGCUCCUAAACCUUUUCCACGUCAUUGGUCUAAAUAGGAAACUGUAUUAGGGACCCUCAGGAUUUCAAGUUGAUAGGCUACAGAGUUACUGAAUGUUGAAGGACACAACAAAGUAAUAAGUCAUCACAUUUAGAGAGCCAAACCGUCCAACUUUAUCUUCCAUCCAUUAAUCAUAAAGACAGUAGUCCACAUAAUAGCCUACAAUAUGCUAAAUAAAUGUAUGUUUAACUUUUCCAAAUGUAAAAUAUAUUAAUUGACAAAAAUGAAUAGCCUACUGAAACGAUUUUUGAGUCAUACGACUCUUUUGAAUUGAGCCGGAUUUCAGUUUUGUUGUGCCUUUGAUGUGGUACAGAGGGUAAUGACAGAUGAUUAUCUACUCCUGACUGGCAUUCGGGUGGUUGGAUGAAUUUCUGACAUGACAGAAAUUCUGAUCGCCUGCCCCUUGUGAGGGUAUCCUAGCCUAGAAAUCUAGACGCACCCUAGUGGCUAGUCUAGUAACUCUCCGUUGGCUUGCGAGUUGGUAAAAUUAAACUUAGAUAGGGCCAAUCACGUGUAGUCUUUAGGCGGGCUUAACAUAAUGAUUGAUGGCAGAGUUGAAACGGUUCGGCGUGAAUUCCCUAGCCUGGUCGUUACCAUCCUAAGUACUUCCGCCCAAAAUUUGAUUUCGGUCUCGCACGUAGUCUGGCCCAACCCACAUUAUA